AUGUCUGCCGAAUCAACCACUUUCAUAGUGGAUGUGUCCAAGAAUAUGAUCAAUAAUGAUAACGUCUCGAAAGCAAUGGCAUACAUCGAAUUCACUUUAUUGGAAAAAUGCAAGAAGAAAAGGAAGACAGAUUGGACCAGUUUGUAUGCAGCCAAUUCCAUUGAAACGUCAAAUUCUCAGGAGGUACCAAAUGUGUCUCAACUGAGCCCCUUUAUAGCACCUGUGACUUCUGAUGAUGUUGCUGCGACGAUGAGGCGCCUACAGAAACAAUGUGAGGUUAAGAACGAAGCAGAUGAUAUGGAGUCAUCUAUGGUUCAAUGUUUGUUGGUGGCAUCUUUGGAUAUUAGGGAACAAUUUGGAGCAAAGAAAAUGCUAAGACAGAUUAUGGUUUUCACUGAUGAUUUGAAUGGAUUAAAUUUUAAUGAUGAAGAGAUUGAUGUUUUGGUAGGUGAGAUUGAUUCUAGGAUUAUACUUGUUGAUUGCCAAGAGGAUUCUGAGGAUGGGGAAGAAGAGGGAAAGAAGAAUGUUGAUAAGGCUUGGCUGAAAUUGAUCAAGAAAUUGCCAGGUUCUAUGAUCUUGCCCAUGGAUGAUUUACUAUUAGAGAUAACUUCACCGAAACCUGCUGUUGUGAAACCUGUGCGAGUAUUCAACGGGGAGCUAAGACUUGGGGCCAAUAUUGACAGUAAUGCUGAGUCAAAUGCUGAUGAUAUGAAUUGCCUCUCAAUGAAAGUGGAAGGUUAUCCUGCAACGAAAAGUCUUCAAAGUUUGAAUAGGCGUAACACGAUUAAGACUGUAACUGGUGAAAACCAUUCCACGAAAUACAUUCCCGUAAAGUCAGUAAUUGAAUACGAAGUAAUAAACCCUAAAGAAAGUUCCCAGGAUGCUGACGAUAAAAAUGAUGCUCGUCCUGUUACCGUGUCAAGAGACUCCAUCACCAAGGCGUAUAGAUAUGGUGCGGAUUAUGUAGUCCUACCAUCUACAUUACAAAGCCAACUAGUCUACGAGACUUUCCCCGGGUUAGAUAUAAGAGGGUUCAUGGAUAUGGAGUUGUUGCCGAGGUACUAUUUGAACUCUGAAUCUACAUUUAUCAUAGCUGAUACGAGAUUAGGUGGGUUGGCUGAUUCUGUCACGUUUGGCGUCCUAGUAGAUGUCUUAUUGAACAAUAGGAAAGUUGCUGUUGCCAGGUAUGUGCCAAAGGCGAACAGUGAAGUGCAAAUGUGUGUUCUUGUACCGCUAUUUGUAGCACAUCAUGAUCAGUCAUUCUCUGGUGAAGGUGAAGAAAACUUCGUGAGGACGUUGGUAUUAAACCGCUUGCCGUUUGCUGAAGAUGAGAGGGUUUCUGAUUUCCCCAGACUGACUAAUAGAAGGAGUACAUCAGGUAGGACAUUGCCUGAGGACAAGAACGAAAUUGACGAAUUAGAUGUAUUGAUGGAGGAGUUUGUGGAUUCUAUGGAUACAGACAAUCUACUGAAUGUUCCAGAUCCCGAAUAUUAUAAGCCAAUAAGUCAAGUAACGCAGGAUACCACAUUGAGAUUACCCACUAAGGAGGUCAAAGAACUGGAGAAUGAGCAAGAUCCGCUAAGAAUCCCCGCCAUUGGUGUUCACAGACAACAGCAAGUGUUGUUGGAGUGGAUACAUCAGAAAGUGAUUAUGGGCUCUGAUGCUUUUGAUAUUCCGGAUAUUCCAGACAAACUACGAGAGCAGAUUGCACCCCAUGUAAAUAAGAAGGUGGACCUCAGUAAACUACUGGACCUGUUACAAAUCAAGAAGGUAGAGAAGAGCGCAGAGCAUGGCAAGUCCGAACACAUCGAAGAGGGUCCCGUGGAGAUACCGUCCCUGGCUGCCCUCCUUGAGAAGGGGAAGAGGGAGUCCACUUAA